GGUGUCGCAAAUCAUAAACAACUUCUCAAGUUUAUUCAAGAAUGUAGCUUCAUUUAUUAUUAGAAAAUUUCAAAGACGUUUUUUCCAAGUAUGGAAGUCACAGCAGCCAGAUCGACGUUUUUUGGCGACAUAGGUCAUUGGGCUGACCGCACUCCUGUGCAUGAAGCUGCUCUGCAGUUAAGAGAGCUGAUAGAUGCAGGUGCAUCAGUUAAUAUAGUGACUGUGGACAACUUUACACCUCUACAUGAUGCCUGCAUCCAGGGACACCCGAACUGUGUUAAAAUACUGCUGGAGGCUGGAGCUCAGGUGGAUGUACGCACCAUUCAUGGCAGUACUCCUCUCUGUCACGCUUGUGCUGCUGGCAGCCUAGAAAGUGUUAAGCUUCUGGUGGAUCACGGAGCAUCGGUCAACCCGUCCCUGACGGCCCUCACCGCCUCACCCCUUCACGAGGCCUGCAUACGGGGAAACCCAGACUGUGUGAAGCUUAUGAUAGCUGAAGGAGCAUUGCUGGAAGCCUUUGACAUUUAUUUUGGGACCCCAUUACAUGCUGCCUGUGCCAAAGGUCACUUUGACUGCGCCCUACUGAUGCUUAAUGCAGGUGCAAACGUGAAUGCCAUGAAGUUUCAUGAGACGACGAUGCACCAUGCAGCGAGAGAAGAUAGGGCGGACUUGGUGGAGCUGCUGGUGGAGUUCGGUGGAGAUGUCAAUAUAUCCGAUAACAUGGGUCACAAGCCUAGAGACUACACAAAACUUGGUUCUCCUGCCAAUUGCAGUCUUUUGCACUAUGAGAGUAACCCUUUGUCUCUUCAGCAGCUGUGCCGUAUUGUCCUGAGGACUGUGUUUGGCACAAGAGCUCUGAUGCUGGUCCCCAAACUGGACAUUUCACAGCGCCUCAUUGAUUACCUCACUUAUAAAUUAUAAUAACCGAAAUUAAUCGAUAAUGGAACACAAUAAUAGUUUUUAUUUAAUUUAGUAGCAAAUUAUGAACUUCAUUAUUUGUCUUAAUGUGUCUGUGAACAAAGUGAAACAUGUACAAUUACUGACAAGUAGACAUCUUCUAAAUAGUUUAAACUGUUUGUGUAAUUUAUACCCAUAUAGCAAAAAUAUUUCAAAAUAUACAAAAAAUGGCCCAAAAAAUAUAUAUAUUUGCUGAAAUAUAUUUUGGAAUAUGUUUACAAAAAUAUAUUUUUCACGGAUAUAUUUUUUGGCCAUUUUUUUCUAUGUUUUGAAAUAUAUUUUAAAAGUAAAUACAUUUUAAAGCAUUAAAAAAUAUUUAGCCCUCCAUAUAUUUCAAUCCAAGGAAAUAUAUUCACGUUGCAUUGGAAGAAAACUUU